AUGUACUGGACGAACCACCACCACAUUCGCCGGUUCACCAAUUUGGCGGGGGACAGCAUGCAUGUCCACGUGUCCACGCGAUGGAGCUUUGUGAUCGUUCAAAGGACGAUCGAUGCGGAUAUGACAAGGGUAGCGAAUGCACUGUGGCAAGCCACGCUGGGAUUGAAGGCGCUUACGAAGACGUUGGCUCGCGUAUGCACAGUCGGCUAA